AUGGUGGGAAUAAGAGGAGGGAGUGGAGGCAAUGGAACUAAUGGAAUUAGAGGCGGAAAUGGCACUGGUGGAAUUAGUGGCGGCAAUGGUGGCAAUGGAUUUAGAGGAGGCAAUGGCAUUGAUGGAAUUAGUGGAGGCAGUGGUGGCAAUGGAAUUAAAGGAGUCAAUGGCGUCAAUGGAGUUAGAGGAGGUAAUGGAGGCAAUGGAAUUAGCGGAGGCAAUGACAUUGAUAGAGUUGAGGGAGGCAACAUCGACGAUGGCAUUGAGAGCAUUGGAAGAGAUGAUGGGGCGUCGGGGAAGCCAUUUGAUAGCAUAAGUAGAGGGACUUGUGGCAAGAGGCGGCCUGCUGCAGUUGCUUGGAGGUUGCUGGAGAAAAUGAGAGUUGCAAGGAGAGGGAGAAUGACAAGGACAGUAGAAGCCAUUUUGUGA